AUGGCCCAACACCAAAAAACCAUCCAAGAACACCUCGCCCUCCAAAUUCUCCUCGCUGAUAGGCUCGUUAAGUCCGCCAAAGAAGUCGAAUCCUCAAAAUUCGACUGCUCCGAUCUCGCUAAACUCGCCGUCCAACUCACCCAUCUUCUGCGCUCCACCGCCCGCCUCGUCGCCGGCUCCGCCACGCCCACUUUCUACGACCGCCCACUUCGUUCCAUCUUCUCUCAUCUCUCCUCAAACCUCCACCGAGCCCAAACCCUUGUUCGCAAAUGUAAGCAUCGCAACAGCAUCCUCCGUCAGGUCUUCGCCAUUACAACGGCCGCGGACGUCCGCAAGGUGUCGAAUCUCUUGGAAUCCUCCAUUGCCGACCUCAAAUGGCUGCUUUCUGUUUUCGAUAACAAUGGUGUAAACCUCUCCCUUCCUCCCAUUGCCAGCAACGACCCUGUUCUCGCUUGGGUCUGGUCUAACAUUGCCGCCGUACAACAUUCCGACCAACUCAAAGACCGAGUCGACGCCGCCAACUCACUCGCCUCGUUGGCCGGCGACAGCGACCGGAAUAAGAAGAUGAUUAUCGAAGAAGACGGAGUUCCGCCGCUUCUUAAGCUACUGAAAGAAGGAGCUUCACCGGAAUCCCAAAUCGCCGCUGCUAAUACACUAUUCAAUUUAGCUGCCGAUCAAGAAAAAGUCGCCGGAUUUCUUCCAUUCCUAGCUGUUCCCACCAUUGUUAAAGCUCUUAACGAUUCAACGACCGUUAUCGUUCGAACAAAUUUGAUCAAUUUGGUGUCGAGAAUGGCCGAAAUGGAUUCAUGGGUACAAGAGGAAUUCGGAAAGGAAAAUGUGAUACGCCCAAUCGUCACAUUCUUGGCAAACGAUAACGAAAUUGGAAACAAUGGCGGUUUCCGAUCGAGUUCGAGUUCUUCGUUAUCUUUCCGUGUUAAUAAAGAAACCGAUAUCAGUUCGCCGGAGGAAAAACGGAAGCUUCAGAUGAGUUGUGGGAGGGCAUUAUGGAUUCUAGCAAAGGGGAGUUUGUUAAACAGUAGAAAGAUCACCGAAACGAAAGCGUUGAUUUGUUUAUCGAAGCUAAUCGAACACGAGACCGGAGAAUUGCAGGCGAAUUGCUUGAUGACGGUGAUGGAGUUGGCCACAGUGGCCGAGUUGAACGCCGAUUUGAGACGCCAAGCUUUCAAGCCCAAUUCACCGGCUGCACGAACCGUGUUGGACCAGCUUUUACGAGUCGUGAACCAGGAACAUAACCCGAAGCUUGUGGUUCCGGCUAUAACCGCAAUUGGAUCACUGGCUCGAACCUUUCCGGCUAAGGAGACUCGAGUAAUCGGACCGCUGGUUUCGAAGCUCGAUCAUAACGUCAGUGAUGUGCCUAACGAAGCGGUCAUGGCGUUGACGAAAUUCGUGUCUCCGGAUAACUUCAAUUGCGUGGAACACUCGAAAGCGAUUAUCGAUUUCGAUGGGGUUCCACAUCUAAUGAGUUUCUUGAAAAACAAUGAUAAUUUCAAGAUUCGGGUUCAUGGGCUUAAACUGCUGUGUUAUCUUGCGUUACAUGUCGGUAACAGCAACGCUCUCGAGCAAGCUCGAGCAUUGAGCGUAAUGGAGGCCGCUGCUCGAUCGGUGGUGACUCAGUAUCCCGAGUUGAAAGAACUGUUCGCAAAGGCGAUACACCAUCUGAAUCUUUACCAAGCAGGAACUCAUACCCAUAUGCAGGCUUAUGUACCAUGA